CAGAUCUCUUUUUUUGGCCCUUCAUCAAUUCAAUCUCUCUCUUUCACCCACGAAUCUCAAUGCACAAAACAAUUGCAUUUAACAGACCAUGGCUGCCGGCGAGUUCUUCUCCGGGAGGAUCACAGCCACCGCCUCCCGCCGACAACACCGCUGACGACAACAAACCGUCGGGAAUUAUCAAGAGAAACGCCAAAAAAAUGGUGUCGGAAAAUGCCGUUAUAGUUUUCGGACAAAAAGGGUGUUUCAUGUGCCAUGUGGUUAGGUUGUUACUUCUCGGACAUGGUGUGAAUCCGUUAAUUGUGGAAGUCGAGGAGGCGGAAGAGGCGGCGGUUAUUGGCGAACUUUCCGACAGUAGUGGUCUGGUUCAAUUUCCGGCGGUUUUUUUAGGAGGGAGGUUAUUUGGUGGUUUAGAGAGAUUGGUAGCAACUCAUCUUUCCGGCGAAUUGGUUCCUCUUUUGAGACAAGCUGGAGCCCUUUGGCUAUGAGUUUGAGAAGAUAACAAGAUUUGAUUUUUGAAUUCAAUUCAGAAUAUCUAUCUAUUUUCUAUGUCUUUGUUGAUUUCUUUGAUGAAUGAUUUGAUAAUAUCAAAUAUAUUGUUGGUGAA